AUGUGCUUCAUAUUUUUCACUGUGCUAGAGAAUGCAAUUGUAAUAGUAAGAUAUCUAACCAUUAUCCGACUCAUCAAUGGGCAAGGAAAUAAUUUGCGUCUCCACCAUUACAUAGAGGCUAUCAAAAGCUGGAAAACCAUGUUCUCCGAAGUGAGCUUCACCUUUCGACACCGAGAAGCAAAUCAAUGCGCAGAUAUGUUGGCUAAACAAGCAUUAUUAUGUAAUACUCAAUGGUCAUUGUACCACACUUGUCCUCGAUUCCUCCAACAUACUGUAAUUAACGAUUGUAACUUUGAUAACUAA